AUGAGUUUCCUGUUUAAGCUUCUGUUUUUGUGUUUUUGGCUGUAUUGGCUGAACCAAGGCUCAUUCUUUGUCACUUCACAAAGAAGAGGGUGGUCUGGAAAUGUUAUUAGCGGCACUGUUGUUAUUAAUGGAACAGCUUCAAUAGGAAAAACAGAUGACAAUUUCAUCUGUGCUACUCUGGAUUGGUGGCCUCCUGAGAAAUGUGACUAUGGAACAUGUAGCUGGGGCAGAGCUUCUCUUCUUAAUCUAGAUCUUGCCAACCCCAUAUUAUUAAAUGCUCUCAAAGCUUUUUCGCCGUUAAAGAUCAGAAUGGGUGGUACCCUGCAAGAUAAUGUCAUUUAUGAGACAAAAGGUGAUAAAAAUCAUUGUGCACCAUUUACUAAAAGUAGUUCAGAGAUGUUCGGUUUCUCCAAAGGUUGCUUUCCUAUGUCUAGAUGGGACGAACUCAACAUUUUCUUCAAAAAAGCUGGGGCUAUGGUUGUUUUCGGAUUAAAUGCAUUAAGUGGGAGAACUAUAGGUCCAGAUGGUUCUGCCAUCGGAGCUUGGAAUUCUAGCAAUGCUGAAUCGCUCAUACGAUACACUGUCAACAAGGGCUAUACUAUAUAUGGUUGGGAACUUGGAAAUGAACUGUGUGGCUCUGGCGUUGGAGUACGAGUCUCAGCAGAUCAAUAUGCAUCUGAUCUGAACUCUCUUCAGAACAUUGUUCAGAAUAUAUAUAGAGGAUUUGAGGUUAAGCCACUAGUAAUAGCACCAGGAGGAUUCUUUGAUGCAAAUUGGUUCGCAGAAUUUGUAAAAGAAACACCUAAAUCUCUUCAAGUAGUAACCCAACACAUUUACAACCUUGGUGCAGGUAAUGAUAAUCAGCUCAUCAACAAAAUCCUAGAUCCAUCCUAUCUAGAUGGUGGGAACCAGCCCUUUAGAGACCUUCAAGCAAUUCUGAAGAAUUCAGGAACUUCAGCAGUCGCUUGGGUUGGUGAAGCAGGAGGAGCUUAUAACAGUGGCCAAAAUCUUGUCAGCAACUCAUUUGUAUAUAGUUUGUGGUACUUGGACCAGCUUGGGAUGGCAUCAUCUUAUGAUACCAAAACAUACUGCAGACAGACAUUGAUUGGUGGAAACUAUGGCCUGCUUGACACUGCUACCUUUGUCCCACAUCCAGAUUACUACAGUGCUCUUCUCUGGCAUCGUUUAAUGGGGAGCAAAGUCCUGUCCACGAGCUUCUCUGGGACAAGAAAUCUACGAGCUUAUGCUCACUGUUCUAAACAAUCUCAAGGAAUCGCAUUGCUUCUCAUCAAUUUAAGCGCAAACACUACAUUUCAAGUCCGAGUUUCGACUGAAAGUCCUGCUAGCAAUGGAGGCUUGAGAUUGCAGCAAGAAGACCAAACACCAAGAAUAAAUUUUGCCACAAUGCCUGGAAAUUCUAAAAGGAAUGGAAACACUAGGGAAGAGUACCAUUUGACAGCUAAAGAUGGGAAUUUACACAGUCAAAUUGUGCUUUUAAAUGGGAAAGUACUCGGUCUAAAUUCAUCUGGGGGUAUCCCUUCCAUGGACCCAGUAAAGAGGAGCAUGUUAGAUCCCAUCAGUGUUGCCCCUUUCUCCGUCGUGUUUUCUCACAUUCCAAGCAUACAAAUCCCUGCCUGUAAGUAAGGAUGACCAACAUAAUAUUUUAUGAUUGAAUUGUUUGAGCAAUAUCCAUUAGCAAGAAAAUGCCAAAUCCAGAUUUUAAGUUGACUUUCUGACAUUGCGC